AAAACCUUCAGCUGUGAUGAGUGUGGGAAAGAUUUUACCCGGGCUGGAAGCUUAAAAAGACACCAACUCAUCCACAGUGGAGUUAAACCUUACAGCUGUGAUGAGUGUGGGAAGGAUUUUACCCGGGCUGGAAGCUUAAAAGCACAUCAACUCAUCCACAGUGGAGUUAAACCUUACAGCUGUGAUGAGUGUGGAAAGUAUUUUACCGAGGCUGGAGACUUAAAAAGACACCAAGUCAUCCACAGUGGAGUUAAACCUUACAGCUGUGAGUUGUGUGGAAAGUCUUUUACCCGGGCUGACAGCUUAAAAACACACCAACUCAUCCACAGUGGAGUUAAACCUUACAGCUGUGACUUGUGUGGAAAGUCUUUUACCCGGGCUGAAAGCUUAAAAACACACCAACUCAUCCACAGUGUAGUUAAACCUUACAGCUGUGACUUGUGUGGAAAGUCUUUUACCCGGGCUGACAGCUUAAAAACACACCAACUCAUCCACAGUGGAGUUAAACCUUACAGCUGUGACUUGUGUGGAAAGUCUUUUACCCGGGCUGACAGCUUAAAAACACACCAACUCAUCCACAGUGGAUUUAAACCUUACAGCUGUGACUUGUGUGGAAAGUCUUUUACCUGGGCUCAAAACUUAAAAACACACCAACUCAUCCACAGUGGAGUUAAACCUUACAGCUGUGACUUGUGUGGAAAGUCUUUUACCCGGGCUGGAGACUUAAAAAAACACCAACUCAUCCACAGCGGAGUUAAACCUUACAGCUGUGACUUGUGUGGAAAGUCUUUUACCCAGGCUAAAAACUUAAAAAUGCACCAACUCAUCCACAGCGGAGUUAAACCUUACAGCUGUGACUUGUGUGGAAAGUCUUUUACCCAGGGUGGAAAUUUAAAUGCACAUCGACUCAUCCAUAGUGGAUUUAAACCUUACAGCUGUGACUUGUGUGGAAAGUCUUUUACCGAGUCUGGACACUUAAAAAGACACCAACUCAUCCACAGUGGAGUUAAACGUUACAGCUGUGACUUGUGUGGAAAGUCUUUUACCGAGUCUGGACACUUGAAAAGACACCAACUCAUCCACAGUGGAGUUAAACCUUACAGCUGUGACUUGUGUGGAAAGUCUUUUACCGAGGUCUGCAGCAGACACUUUGCCAGUGAUCAACUCAUAGAGCCAACAACCCUUGAUGGUCGAAGGCAGCUUAUUAAAGGUGCUGUACCAACACUUUUUGAGUGGAAUGGCUUUAAAGGUGAACCACCGCGGCGUAGUGUUUGGGAGAGAACGGAGCAAUGCCUUGAACUAGUUCCUGCUGACGAUCAAGAAGAGCACAGUCUUACAAGAGAUCAUGACUACUGCUCAGUCCCUGAGCCGUCUGCAUUGGACAUAUCUGCAUCAGCUGCAGAAGACCUGUCCAAAGACGUGGAGACUCUGAGGAAGGAAAUACAGGAGUUACGUGUCCAGCGAGAAUUUGGGUUACAGCGUUUUGCUGGCUCCGACACUGACAUCCGAUUCUAUACCAGAUUUCCAAGCUAUGAUCAUUUGAUGGCAUUUUGGUUUUUGAUUGAGCCUUGCAUCUAUAAAAUGAUCCGGGUUUCAAGAGCCAAGUCAGCUGCCAAUAGGAACGAAGAAGUGUUGACACCUGCACGCACAUCAACGAGGCAGCUGCUACAGCCAAUUGACGAGUUCUUUCUUUUCCUGGUUUUCCUGUCAGUUGGUUUGAAGGAGAGGGACCUGGCACACCGAUUUAACAUACACCAGUCCACAGUGAGCUGCAUUAUUGCAACAUGGACAAAUUUUCUUGCCACUGCACUGGGGUCUCAAUGCAUCUGGCUUACACGUGAAGAAGUGCAAGCUUACCUCCCUGAGGAAUUCAAAGAUUUCUCAGACACCCAGAUGAUCCUUGACUGUACAGAGCUGAGGUGUCAGACACCAUCCUCACCACUUCUCCAGAGUGAAACGUAUUCUUCGUACAAAUCCCACUGUACGAUGAAAGCCCUGGUUGGCAUAGCUCCACAUGGUCCAGUGACAUUCAUCUCUAAUCUGUAUGCUGGUUCGGUUAGUGACAAGGAACUAUUCAAACAAUCAGGCAUUGCUGAGAAGUUGACUGAAGACAUGGCAGUGAUGGUAGAUAAGGGCUUCCUAAUCACCGAUUGUUGUAAAUGCAAAGUGUACUGCCCACCUUUUCUAUCUAAGCAGAAGCAGAUGCCAGCAUAA